CCAACACUACAGACCCUGAAAGGACGCAAAGGAGACAUCGGUUCUCUUGAACUCUGGAGCUCUGUCUGCACAACCUGCUGCUCUGUCCGUGUAGAAUGUCACACAAGAAGAUGCUGCAAUGCUCCAUGGGAGCUCUGCUUCUCCUCUUACCCUGGUUUGGUGGCCUGGUCCUGGGAAAGAUCAGCAAGGACUUCUCCCAGUGCCUUGAUUUCUUCUAUAAGGAAACUCCACCCACAGGUAUCCCAGCAGAGGGGUACCAGCCAAUAUGCCAGCGCUACCAAAACCAGUACCGCUUUGCGAGCCUGUAUCACCGUGAGCAUCGUUCCCCUCUGUACUCUGCGUACAUACUCAGUCAUCCAGAUGGCAAGCGGCCCAAAUCUACCUGGAUGUUUGAACCUCAGUUGGCGUAUCCCACAAACGGCAGCGACGAGAUGCAAGACCCGAUUGAUACCCCUGUGGACCAGAAUUUGAAGGAGAGCCAGGCGAUGGAUGAGGACUACAAGAACUCCAACUUCACCAGAGGCCAUCUCAAUCCAAGCAUGCACCAGAAGAUAGAACAAGACCGCGACGCCACCUUUACACUGACUAACAUUGUCCCACAGCAAAAGGGCUCCAACAGCGGGCCGUGGGAAAAACUGGAGCAGGAGGUUUUAAAACAAUUCAAAAAAUACUGCAACGGGAUUAUGUAUGUGAUCACCGGAGUCAUGCCGUACGGGCCGGACAACCCCGAUCAGCACUUGAUGAAACACAGGGUGUCUGUCCCUGAGUACAUGUGGUCCGCCUACUGCUGCACAUCCUUCAAGUCCAAACUUGAGACGCCCGACCGGAACGCCUUCCCCACUUAUGCUGCAGUGGGAAGGAAUGAUCAUAACAGUACAAACGAGUUUGUCAAUGGUACCAUUUCGAAGAAGGGCUACGAUGUGAAGCGCAUGUCCUUAGGGGAGCUGGAGGACAUCCUGAGACAGAGGCUGAAUGGGACCAUCACUCUGUUCAAUGGACAGUGCAAUCAGUAA